AUGGAUAAGUUUGGAGGGUUAAAGCACUUGUUUGUGACGAUUUUUAUGUCGCAGUUGGCCAUAUUUGUUGUAACUCCGGCGAUGCCAGAUGUAACUAUGACGCUACUCUGUCCUGUCCAAGAUGAGUGUUCUCUCGUCAUUUACCUAUCUGGUUUUCAACAAGCGAUAAUUGGAAUUGGUUUAGUGGUAAUGAUGCCAAUUAUUGGGAAUUUGUCUGACGUGUAUGGAAGGAAAGCUUUGCUCACUGUCCCAGUCACUCUCUCCAUCAUUCCCCCAGUCAUAUUGGCAUAUAGGAGGACCAAGAAAUUUUACUAUGUCUCCUAUGUGUUGAGGACACUCACUGGCAUGAUAUGUGAUGGUGGUAUUCAGUGUGUGGCCCUUGCUUUUGUGGCAGACCAUAUGUCACAGGCAAAGCGUGCCUCCGCAAUCGGAAUUUUGGCUGGUGUUGGAUCUGCUGCAUUUGUCUGUGGAACCUUAGCUGAUCACUUCCUCUCUACUUCUCAGAUAUUUCUGAUUCUUCUCGUAGCAACAAUUGCAUCAACAAUUGCUGCUGUAUACGUGCAAAUUUUUCUAGAGGAUACAGCUCGCGUUAAAGAGUAUUCUAUUGAGGACCAGCCAAUUUUGAGAAAUAAUGAAAUGGAAGAUACUGAAUUGGAUUGUGAGACUACAAAGAAUAUAAAGCUGUUCAAGAAAGUUCCAUCCCUCAAGGAUAUCAUUUGCUUUCUUAGGAAGAGUCCUACUUUUUCUCUUGCAGCAUCUGUUGCUUUCUUGAAUAGCCUAGCAGAAGGAGGAGAACAAGCUCCAUUUCAGAAUAAAAUAAGUCCUUGCUGUAAAAUUUUGGCAUGUCGAAAACUGGUUCAUCUUGAGAGAAGCUGGAAUAACUUUGCUGAUGUGAUGCUUAUAGCCAACAUUUGCUCAGCAACUUCUCAGUUGCUCCUCAUGCCUAUGUUGGCUCCUCUUAUAGGAGAGGAGGUUCUGCUAUGCUUAGGACUGAUUGCUGGAUUUUCAAAUCUUCUUAUUGACAGUGUAGCACGAAAAAUUUGGAUUCCUUAUACUGCUGCAUUGUUGCCUAUUUUCACCUCCCUCGUGAAACCCUCUAUUCAAAGCAUUUUCUCAAAACAAAUUGGGCCUAGUGAACAGGGAAUUGCUCAAGGGUGCAUUUCAAGCAUAAGUUCCAUAGCUAACAUUCUCUCCCCCUUCAUAUUUAGUCCUCUUACCGCCUUAUUCCUUUCAGAAAAACCUCCUUUUCGAUAUCCUGGUUUUAGCAUCUUGUGCAUUGGCCUUGCUUGGUUGAUAGCUGUUAUUCCCAGUGCAAUGAUAAAGGUGAUUCCUCUCACCUCAAGAUGGUAACGACAUUGGAAGGGCAGCAGCUGAGACACAAAUUUUGGGUGGGAUGAAGAUGAGACAAUAGUAGAUGUACCCAGAAAAUGAGAAGCCUACACGAACAUCCCAUAGACUGAUAGUUUUGCCAUUUCUGGCAGGAUCACUCGGAACGUCUAAUUGUUAUGUAACUGGAGACACUUUUCAAUUUAGUGAAUAUUGUAAUCAUUAACUGUCGCUGUCUUGAUUACAACAGUUAAAUUACUACUAGCUGUUAUGGUUUGAGAGA